CUGAAGUUGUAGCUGUUAAAUCGCAUUAACGUAGGCUUUCGUUCCAUGUGGGCAUCCGUAGUACUCAUUUCACGCAUGCGCAGUUUGUACUUUAAGACAUCGCAUGUGGAUGUUUUUAGCUAAGUUCACGUGUGUUCAUCGAGGCUGUGUUUGGCUGUGCUAGCUUGUAAUGUGCCCUAUUUAAAUACAUGACAUGGCAAAAACAGACAGCACAAGAGGUAAGAAAAGACCAAGCAAAGCUGAUGAAGAAGGACAGAUCGAGACCUUCUCCUCCAGUGAACUAAUGCUAACAGACGAGAGCACAGAGGUUGAGAUGAAACGAGAGGAAGAGGGAGAUGAACAAGAAUCUCAGAAGGACACCAUUGACAAAGAUGAUGAAAACACACCUGCUGUAGCUGAAACCAAGAAGAAGAGGAAGAAGAAGAGGAAAGCUGGAAGAGAGGGUGAUGGUACGGAAGAAAAAUCAAGUGGAAGUGAAGACAAAGCAGUAAAUGGGAAACAGAAGACAGAACCUGCUACUGAGGCUUCUCCAUCAAAGAAAACUAAGCUCAUCAAUGAUGGUUUCUGUCUCUUCAUUGGGAACCUCGACACGUCUAAAACCGCUGAUGAAAUAAAAAAUUCUUUAGCAAAUUACUUAAUGAAGCAAAGUCUGCUGUUUCAGGACGUUAGGUUGGACCGGACCAGGAAACAUGCAUUUGUAGAUUUGGCCUCAGAAAUAGACUUGACUAAAGCCCUGACGUUGGAUGGAAAGGAACUCCUCAACAAGCCGAUGAAGAUCUCUAAAGCAAAGGUUAAAUGUGUGGAUGAAGGGAAGAAGAAAACUCCACUGGACAAAAAAGUCCGAGACGGCAGAUGUUUGUUCCUGAAGAACCUUCCAUAUGACGCUACAAAAGCAGACAUCCUGAAAAUCUUCCACAAAGCCAUCGCUGUUCGGUUUCCUGGCGGCACUAAAGGGCCAAGCAAAGGUAUCGCCUUUGUGAAGUUUAAAAAUACAAAAGUGGUGAAGAAAAUACUUGAGAAAAAGCGGCAACCUCAGAUCCAAGGCCGGGUUUUGAUUGUGGACAGUGUAGGAGAAUCAAAUGUGGUUACAGUGAAAUCUGAAAAUAACGGCACAAACGCUCCAGCUCCUCCAAGUAGCAGCUUAUUUGUGAGCAAUUUGUCUUUUAAAGUAAAAGAAAAACACCUCAAGGAUGUCUUUCAGAAAGCAGUCGGGAUCAGCAUCCCUAAAGCCCAAGGCAAAGCAAGAGGUUAUGCUUUUGUUGACUUUGCGACUGUGAAGGAGGCUGAAAAAGCCUUUCAGUCAGCCCAAAAUAUUGAGAUCUGCAAGAGACCACCCAGAAUGGAGUUCUGUGACUCGAGACCAAAGCCUGAGAAGGGAAAUGAGCUAUCAAAAACUCUGAUUGUGGCUGGCCUUGCUGAGAAGACGACGGCCGAGACGCUUCAUAAAGCCUUUGAAGGAUCCCUCAGUGCGAGAGUCAUAGCAAAAAACGACUCCGUUAUUUCAAAGAGGUUCGGUUUUGUAGAAUUUGAGAGUGAAGAGAGUUGCAGAGCUGUCAGAGAAGCCAUGGAGGACUGUGAGAUCGAUGGCGUCAAAGUGACUGUUGCUUAUGCAAAACCCAGAGGUGAAGGAGGUCGGCCAGAUGCCAGGAAAGCCCUGGGGAAGCGUCCCAGAGGAAAGUCCUCAGGUGCUGCAGUCCACAAAGGGAAACAAGGUGGAAACGGCAAAAAAGGCAAAGGAAAGAAACGUGGACCUGGUGUUUCACAGGAUGCUGUCAAAGAAGUAAAAAAUAAAAAUUAACUUCCAUUGGAACAUGACCUGCAUUUCCUCCUGAUGUUUUCUUCAUCAGUCAUUGUGCUUUUACUUCUAAUUUUACUUGUGAUAUUUUAUACUGUAAAGCUUUCAUUGUGUAAGUAUGAAAACUUGUCAAAGAUGAUGAAAUUUUCUACUGUGAAAAUACAUUUAU